GAAUGAGUAUAAAUAGAUGCCAAUGCAAUGGGAGACAUGAUAUCUCAUCAGAACAAGCGCCUUUGAUUUGAAUCUACAAGUGUACGCAAAACUCGACUCAUCGCAGAAUCCAAUAUGCCUACCAUUGCAGUUGCUGGAGGAACUGGAGGAAUCGGGAGAACCAUUGUUGAGGAAUUGGUAAAUCAAGGCAAGCAUGAGGUCUUGGUUCUGAGCAGAAAGGCUGUUCCAAUCCCUGGCGUCUCUGUUCCUGUGAUUGCUGUCGACUACAAUGAUCCAAAGACGCUCGCAGCGACCUUGGACCAGCACAAAAUCGAAGUGGUCAUAUCGACCAUUGUACUCAUCUCAGACGAUUCGAGUCAAUCGCAGCUGAAUCUCAUCGCAGCCGCUUCUGGUUCGAAGACUGUGAAGAGGUUCAUUCCCAGUGAAUAUGGAACCCACAACAAGCCCGAGCUACUCCCCCAAUACCCCACAAUGAAGUGGUGGGUUGAUGCUGCUAAUGCGCUUCGUGCUUCUAAGCUAGAGUAUACUCUGGUCAUAAUUGGCUUCAUCAUGGACUACUACGGUAUUCCUCACGUGAAAAGCAACUUGCAUUCCUUCAAAUGGAUCUUGGAUUUCGACAACAAACGAGCCAUAAUCCCAGGGGACGGUACCACGAAAAUAUCCUUCCUAUUCUCUGCGGAUGUGGCCAAGUAUGUUGUCGCAUUGCUAGAUCUGGACCGCUGGCCCGAAUUGAGUCGGUUCAGGGGCAGCACGGUGACACCGAAAGAGAUGGUGGAAGCCGCGGAGAAGGUUACAGGCACCAAAUGGACUGUGGAGUACGACUCAGUUGAGGACAUUGCUCAAGGCAAAGUUACGGUCUUCAAACAGCCCAAGGGAACUUACGAAAAUGUUUCAGAUGAAGAAUUGCGCGUGCUGGUAGUAUGGUUCAAUGAGUUUGCUAUCAAAGGCAUGUUUGACUUGUCUGAGAAAGAGGUUAUGAACGAUAAAUUCCCGGACAUUAAGCCAAUUCGAUUCCAGGGGUUGAUUGAGUCUGCUUGGGGUAAGCAGUAAAUUCAUCGAGGUUGCCAUGGAUUCAAAUUAGAGUGAUUUGUUCCUAGAUUCACUCCAACAGUUUUGGCAAAGAAAGAGGAUUCAUGGCAGUGAGCGCAAGACAAGUACUAUGGAAAAUAGAAGUGAAUCUUGUGGAGUAGCGAGGGCUAUUAGCAGUUAGGUCAUGA